AUGUCGGUCGUCUCACUUCUCGGCGUCAAAAUCUUGAACAACCCUGCCACCUUCACGGCAUCUUAUCAAUUCGAAAUUACUUUUGAAUGUCUUGAACAGCUCCAAAAAGAUUUGGAGUGGAAGCUCACCUAUGUGGGAUCCGCCACUUCUUCUGAGUAUGAUCAAGAGCUCGACUCCCUCCUCGUUGGCCCUAUCCCCGUUGGAACAAACAAGUUCAUCUUCGAGGCCGACGCGCCUGACCUGAAGCGCAUCCCCCCUUCUGAGAUCCUUGGUGUCACUGUGAUCCUCCUUACUUGCAGUUAUGAUAACCGCGAGUUCGUGCGGGUCGGCUACUACGUUAACAACGAGUACGACUCCGAGGAGUUGAUCGCCGACCCCCCAGCUAAGCCUGUCAUUGAGCGUAUCCGCCGCAAUGUGCUUGCGGAGAAGCCCCGUGUCACUCGCUUUGGUAUUAAGUGGGAUUCCGAAGAGUCUGCCCCUGCAGAGUACCCACCUGACCAGCCCGAGGCGGAUACCCUGGACGAUGACAGCAAUGCCUACGGCCAAGAAGAAACCGAGCUGGAAGCUGCCCUUCUAAAGGAACUCGAAGACUCCAACAAGCCUGCUCAGGGCGAGGAUCACGAGAUGGAAGGUGCUGAAGGCCCAGCCGCCAAGGAAGAGGAGGACGAAGAUGAGGUCUCCGAUGCUGGCAGUGAGGAUCUUGGCGAUGAAAGCGAAGACGAUGAUGAUGAGCUGGAUGAGGAAGAGGGCGGUGAGGGUGACGAUGAUGUGGAGAUGGGCGACGACUCCGAACAGAAGGACGAGUCCAAGCCUGCCCACCCGGCUCAGCCUGAGGUUAUGGUCCACUAA